AUGGUCAGUUUCAGCCUUAGAAACUCCAAAAACAAAAACGCAGCUACACAACUGACACCUAAUGAGCUGAUUGGGUUUGUAUAUGCCCUGGAAAGUGAUCAGAAGAUCAUGUUAAAGGAAGUGAAGCUGAGGUUUCUAGAAGAAACUAGCGAAAACACAGAUUUAUUUGAUGAUUUAUUCUUUGUCAAAUUCUUGAGGGCAAGACAGUUUGAUUUAAAUAAAACCGUAAUAAUGUUAAAUAAGUAUUUUGCAUGGAGAAAACAAGUAAAUUUAACUAAAGUUCUAAAGAUGAACCUGACGAAUAUAAGGGAUACAUUAAAAAUGUAUUAUCCUCACGCAUUUCAUGGAAUAGACAAACUUGGAAGACCAAUUAAUAUCGAAAGAAUGGGACAAUCAGAUAUUACUAAAUUAAUCAACGUCAUCAAUCAUGAACAUUUAACAUUUUAUUAUAUACAAAGAUUCGAAUAUUUGAUACAUAUCGUAUUACCGUCUUGUUCAUUAUUUUGUAACAAGAAUGUGGAACAGAUAUUGACAUUGGUGGAUUUGAAAGGUUUUCAGAUGAAUCAAAUAAACUCAAAGUUCCGUUGUUUCUUAUCAGCAAUGUCAAGUCUUACCCAAAAUUAUUACCCGGAAACUCUGGGAAAGUUAAUAUUUGUUAAUGCCUCACCCGUGUUCACAGCCAUCUGGUCCGUUAUUUCCACACUAGUGGAUAAAAAAACACUCUCAAAAAUUAGCGUUGUCUCUGCUAAAACUGAUUUAAAAUCUAAAAUCUUGGAAAUCGUAGAUGAAGAUCAAUUACCACAAUUCUUAGGUGGUACGAGAAGUGAUGAAAAUUGGUGUACAACACCAUUUGGGCCAUGGAAUGAUGAAUCAAUAUUACAUAAAUUAAAACAAAGAACAUACAUACAAGAAGAUUUAUACAAUUUAGAAUAUCUCUAA